AAAGAGCUCCCUCAGCCAGUCGAAAAGAGGCGAAGCCGCUCGCUCUUUUUCUCUCUCUCGGGGAGCUGCCGCCGCCGGCGCGCUUCGAGUCCCAAAGUCGAACCGAAGUGGAGAAACGCGCGGGAAAGGCGAGCGGCGGCGGCGACCCUUUGGCCCGCCUGUCCCUUCCGCCACCCAGGGCAGCAUGAGGAGGGGCUGCUUGCCUGCUGCCGCUUCCAGCGUCGGAGAAGGAGCGAAGGGACGCCGCCGAAGCCGAAGGAGAGGCGGGGAAGGCGCGCCGAGGAGGCAGCUCGCUCGUGGCCCCGCCGCGCUCUGAGGGGACGCCGCUCGCCGCCUUUUCUCCUCGCUGCUGUUGCCGCCGCCUCUCCUCCUCCUCCUCCUCCUCGCUGGGCGCGUGUCUGUCUGCCUGCUCGCUCGCUCGCUCUCCGGCUCCCUCGCCCGCGACUCCUUCCUUCCAAGGGGGGCGCCGGCUGCUGCUGCUCUUCGCCGCCGCCGCGCUGCAUGGGGCGCGAGCGCUUGGCGCUUUCCAGAUAUGGUCAAGGCGGCGUCGGGGGUGGAGGUGGCGCUGCCGGCCGCGGCGGGCUCUCUGUGAUCGCCGGCACCCGAGGAGGGGGGCCCGGCGGCGGGAGGAAGAAGCGGACCCGCUGAAGGAAGGCGAGUAGCAACAGCGGCGGCGGCGCUUGCCUACUCCUGCCUACAACCAGCCAGCCAGCCAGCCGGGGAGCGGCGGGCGAGCAACUCUGUCUGCAGGUAGGUAAGGAGCGGAAGCAGGAAGAGGCUUUUGUGUCCCGCCGACAGGGCUGCUCGGUGGCCAGGAGCGACCCGGCAGGAGCCUCCGCCGCCCCUCCGGGUGGGCCCUCGCCGCCUGCCGCGCGCGCUCUCCGGGAGCGGGCGGGCACCUUGCAAAGAGCGGCUGGCUGCAUGGACGGAGGAGGGAUGAAUGGACCGGGAGGGACCGAUGGCUUCUCCGUCUCCCCUCGGCUGGCUGGUGGGCAGCCAUCACGCGCAGGCAGCACCUGUGCCGAGGACCCCACACCCAUUGCAGUGUGCGCGGAAAUGUGCCUUCUCGAGAGGGGAGGGGAGCACUAGCGUAACCGUGGGGUGGAGAGAGGGAGAGAGAGGGGGAGAGGGCGCUGGGCUCAAAAGCUGAUCUUGCAAAAGCGGCGAGGGUGCCUGGCCAGGGGCUGUGGGGGGCUCCCGGGGAGAUGUGGGGUGGGGAGAUGCCCUUCCUCAGAGAUGCUCAGAGAGAGAAACGAGUGAUGGGGUGGGGUUGGGGAGGGGGCGCCAGGCGGGAUGCUUAGGGAUGCUUAAGUCUGGUCCUCCUCCUUAGGCAAGGUUCCCUAUCCGGGGUGUGUGUGUCUGUGUGUGUUGCCCGCGCCUCUCCGCAAACACGCCCCCUUUGCCCACCCUCUCUCCCCUCCUCCCGCUGCUCCCUGCGUGGCUGCCCAGGGUGGGAACUUCCCAGGCACCUCGUGCUGCUUGCAGGGAUCUCCCCGGCGACCGAGGGAGGGACCUGUUGCUGCAGAGGAGGUAAAUAUAUAUAUAUAUUUAUAUAUAUUUAAAAAAUCUGAUUUCAGUAUAUAUGAAGAAGGAGAUUCUGCUCCGGCUUCGGAGGAUGCUGCUGUAGCGGCAGCGGCGGCGGCUGCCUCUGGCGUGUCCGCUCCAUUGACAGCGCUGCAGCCGGGAUGAUGAAUGGCUGGGAGCGGAGAUUCGUAUUUCCCUCUUCCGUCUGCGGGAGGGAGAGGAACCAGCCCGGGUGGCUUUUGGGGUGUGAUUGGUUUUGUGUGGAAGGGGAAGCGAACGGCGCUGGGCGUCUUCAGCCAGGGAAAGGGCACCCCUCUCCCGCAGUAAAUGGGAGGCAGAGGGGUGGAGACUGCGCCGGUGGCUGGAGGGUCUGCAUAUGCAGAGGGUAUCAGGAAAAGGAUUAUUAUUAUUUUUUAAAAAACACACACACGCUGCAGUUUCUAGGCAAACUCGCCGUCUUAUUCUUAGCAGCUGCUCUGUGACCAGCAAAGGAAAAGCUGUGUGUGUGUGUGUGUGUUGAGAGAGAGAGAGAGAGAGAGAGAUCGUGUGUGCAAGCAGCAUGGUUCUGGAUGGAAACCAGAAUUUGCCUGGAAAGGGAGAGAAACCAUAGCUUGGAACCUCGUGCGAUUCUUGCAUCUCAUUUCGGCCAUGGGGAGGAAAGGGCUGAUGCCGUCAAAGUGGGUGGGUGGGAGGGAGAGGUGUCCUGGUUGAGGGAUAAGCCAGAGGCUAUCGGGAUCCAGGUAUCUCUUCCUAGCAUGACUACAGAACACACCCACCUAAAGGAAUCUCCCUUUCCAUGCCCCUGCCGCUCCCUCCUACAUAGGUCAAUGUGGUAGCGGAUGGAUAGAACAGCUGCAUUGGGACCACUGCGUGGGUGGGUGGGGUGGAGUGUGCUUAUGGGCAUCAUCCUGCCUUCCUGCAUGGUUGAGAGACAUGAGGUGCACAUCUCCUUCCUUGAGCCUCCCCUGAACUUAAGCAACUGUGGGAUGACAACCUUGGGAUGCAAAGGGGGAGCCUUUCGCGUCUCCUGCAAAUAGUCUCUUUGCGGCUGCAUUUUAAAUUUUUUCUUAAUCGUGGCAUUGACUUAAAUGUGUUAAAGCAUUUAACUACAAAGAGAUGGGGGAGACGCAUACACGAAAAGCCAUAGUGGAGCAAUUCACGGCUGUAGCAGCACCGCUAUAGUUUCCAUGGCUGUGGGAAGGUGGCUUGCGCCAGCCAUGCUGGGGAUCUGUGGGUGAGCAUUUGCAUGGUACUCCCUGCCGUGUAUAUAGAAGUGCAGGUCUUUAGAGAUGGCUAUUUCCAGCAAGGUGCUUGAAGCAGCAAAAGAAGUAGCCCAAGUGGCUUCGAGCAACAUGCUGUCCGAAAGCAUCUGCAGGUGUUUCUUGAAGCAGGUUGUCAGAAAUAGGCGUGCCGAACUUGUGCUUGUGUGCCUGGGUGGGGAGAGAGAGCUCCGCGCAUACCGAAACCUGCAGACUUUCAGCAAGGGAAAAGCAGCUCCGAAAUAGCCCUAAUUGUACAUCACACAAGGUUUCCAAUGAGCAAGGCAAGGUAGCAGGGAGAAAUAUAGUGAAGACCCUGGAACAAAAAACCAGCAUGUUAGAGAGAGGUUGGAAAGCUUAGUGAUGAGAAAAUGCCAUUUCUCAAGCACAGCAUGGGAGCAAGUAGAGGGUUAACUAGAAAAUGUUCUUCCACGGGGGCUCACUCUAAUUUUCUUCAUUUUUCCACAACAGUUGCUCAGUCUGACAAGCAAAAGCAAACUGCUGCCUUUGUAGCACUUGUUAAUUUUGCUUGAUUUAGCAUGUUUGCUGUUGGACGAAAAUCGAUUUUUCUUUUUCCUGCACAGCAAAUUCGCUGGCUCCCCGCAACACACACUUUCCCUCUAGAUAUUUACUUAAGUCUCUUCCUCAGGCAAAGAAAAUAAUUAGAGACACCUGCAACCCUGAUUGAGUUCUAAUUCUCUUUCCAAGCAAUUCGGGAUUCGUACUAUUAGGAACUCCAUUAUUGUCAAGAAACACAUUGCGUAGGUUUCAUCUUCUAGGUGGAGGCAUGAAUGCAUCUUACCAGUAGUUUUAGUUUAAUUCUUUAAUAGCAGCCUGGCUGAUUUUUUAAUAUCCUGGUUGUGCAAAGCAACCUUUCCAACAGGGGUAGGUUGUAUAGUAGCAGCAAACUGCCAAAACACACUACCAAUCCUGUAAACAGAUGGGGGAAGAGCCUUACUUUCUAAAAAGAAGGAAAGCCAUAAUAACAUACAAAAGGGUUAGCUCUAGUGGAUGCAAUUAAUUUUGCUGCUCUCUUUGUUCCAGCUUUAUAGGCAGUCUGUUCAAAUCCAUCCAGGUGCGCAGGACCGAUUUCUCUCUUUCUGUCUUCUCAUCAUCUUUAAUCAGCUAGGUGGUUCAGUGACAUUUUUUUUUCUCCCACUUCCAUCUGCCGAAUCCUUCUGCAACCUGAACAAAUUUUAUACAGUAUAUUCCCAAGGUGUUCAGGAGGCUGUUUUUUUAAUAAUGUUAAAAUCUACUACCCCAGCUCCACACUUUUCUGUGGAGCUGCCCAGAUCCUUCUUCUCAUGGGACGAAGCCGUUCUUGCUGGCACCCCAUAUCAGGGGUUCCCAGAGUCUCAUGGUCCUUCUGUGUCAAAAAACAUUGGAAUUGUGUGCUGGCUGGCUUAGCCUAGCAGUCCGUCUAGUUCAGCGUUUUGACAGCAACCGGCCAGAUGCUUAAAGCACCAAUGUUGGAAAGAUUCCAGGUGCUUCAAUCUUUUAUUUUUAUUUAAAAAGCCAGCUGUUGUAGUGCCUAGAAAAUGCAACAUAGGCAGCCCAAUAAAAUGCAUGCGUCUUCAGAAAAAGCCCCACGGAGUUCACAGUGGGGUUUACUCCCAUGAUGCAGCGAAGGCAAAGGGGGCACUGCCCCACCAACUCCAGUAUUUGCUUGGCCAGCCCCCACCUGCUUGCCUUCUUACUGACAACCAGCUCAGGGGGUGGCACAACCUGUCCGCUUCCUCCUUCUCAGUGUUGCCCUUGUAGAACUCAGCAAAGAGGACGGAAACACAAGAAUUAGUUGGCUCUGCCUGUCAUUGGCUCCACCUACUGUUCAGGCUUCUUGCCUUGUGCCCUAUCAGUUCCAAUGCACAUCUCUUGCCACUGCUCCCGUGUAAGUGCAUACGAUUGCAUUCAGUGCCGAGUGCCACAAAAUCUGCAGCCGUAAAUAUUGGGCACCUAAACAUUUUAUCUUGGUUCCCAAUACUGUAAUUUGAUUUCCACACCCCUCCUCCUUUUUCUUCAGAACUGCUUAGAGAAAUCACUAGCCUUGAUGUGAUAGAGAUAGCCCACUUUCUGUCAUUAUCUGGUAGUCCUGAUAAAUUAAGAUUCUGAUUUUGUCUUUCACCUGGCCACUGCUAUAUCUGUGUGCUGCACCAGGGCAGCAUGGAAAAAUGAAGACAGGCAUCUCAGCAAGCAGUGUUCACUGUUUUUCUUGGUUCUGGGUGUGCUAAGAAUAAUGAUACUCAUAGAAUGUGUUUUAUACCAGGAUUGACUAUUUCAUAGAGUUGGAAAAGACCACGAGGGUCAUCUAGUCCAACCGCUGGCUAUUCAGGAAUCUUUUGCCCAACAUGGGACUCAAACCCAUGGCCCUGAGAUUAAGAGUCUCAUGCUCUACCGACUGAGCUAUCAGCAUUUUAUAUAUAGCAUCUGCUGAGCAUCCCAUGGUUUCUCAUGUACUCUCUCAGUAGAAAAACAACAGAUUUCUGAUGCUAUGCUUGCUUAUCCAGAAAGCACACUUACUGCUUCUGUGUCUCUCCACCCCAACAUUGUCUGUGACUUUCACUCCUCCAGCUGCACCACCUUUACGCACCUGAAGGCCUCCUGUUCCCCUCAAACAAAUCUACCCUUUCUUCGUUGCUGCCGUUCAUGCCUGGAAGUGCCUCCCAGAAUGUCUCUGUGGCUCCACCUCUUGUACUCCUCAAAACCCACCUUUUCUGCGAAGACUGUAUGGCAACCAAGCCUAAGGAGGCUUGACUGAAAUAAGCACAUAUUCCUCCCCCUUCUCUCUCUUUUCCUUUCCUUUCACUGUUGUCUCAUUUGCUUUGAAUUACAGGGUUACCGUACAAUGAAGUUAUCCCAUUCGCUUCUACCUGCACAAUGGAGCUUUCUCCUCAUGCACACUUCCCAAAUCUGCUCCGGAGGGGUGGGGGAAGGUGACACCAGAACAGAUAGGGAUGGGCACACUGGUAGAGGGAGGGGGAAGUUUUGUUGUGCAGGCGUGGAAGUCUAAGAGCGGUAGACUCGUAAUCUGGUGAACUGGGUUCGCAUCUCCGCUCCUCCACAUGCAGCUGCUGGGUGACCUUGGGCUAGUCACACUUCUUUGAAGUCUCUCAGCCCCACUCACCUCACAGAGUGUUUGUUGUUGGGGAGGAAGGGAAAGGAGAUUGUUAGCUGCUUUGAGACUCCUUUGGGUAGUGAUAAAGCGGGAUAUCAAAUCCAAACUCUUCUUCUUCUAAUGGGACAACUUUGUUGCAUGGAGCUGUUAGAUUGCAAACUCCUUGGGGCAGGGACAUGGCUCCUUGCACUUUUAAAAGAUCCGAGUGCUGGGUAAAUAAUCAUAAUAGGCAUUCUACUUCUAAAGAGCAUAAAAAUAGCCCUACUAGGUCAGGCCAAAGGGUGAUAUAGUCUAGCAUCAUGUUCCCAUGGUGGCCAACCAGAAGCCGGCAAGCAGGACCAGAGUGCAACCGUUCUCAUUCUUAUCAUGCCCCUUUAAAUGCAGUGCGACUUCCAUUUAUGAGUAAGCACACUUGGUUGGGGCUGCAAAAUUAGAUCAAGUCAGAUUUUAAUAUUAGUGGCCUUUAUUAAAUUUGUAUAGUGCCCUUCAUCUGAAGAUCAUAGGGUGUUUCGCAACAUAAAAAUUCCGAAUGAGAACACAAAAUAGGUAAUAAAACAAAAUAAAAAACAAGGAACAAACCAAUAACCCCCACCUCCCACAAACACAUUUCAAAUGGCGUAGAAUGUUAGUCAGCCCAAGGCCUAGUUGAAGAGAAAUGUUUCUGCCUGGCACCUAAAGCUGAAGGCGCAAAGUGGGGAGAAGCAUUUCAUGAAUGGGGAGCCUGCCACUGAAAAAGCUCGCUCUCAUAUUGCUGCCCUUUGGGACUCUUGUGGAGGAGGCACACGAAUAAGGGCCUCCGAUGAUGGUUGCAGGGUCCAGGUUGGCUCAUAUGCGGAGAGAGGUGGUCCGGGAGGUAUUUAUUCCUCACAUUUCUAUUAAAAUCCCACUCAAAGCAGCUUACAAAGAAAACAAGAACAGUAUUAGAACACUAACCUUAUGUAUUCAAUAUUUGUUUAUAGCAUAUGUGUGCUGCCCCAUAACACACUGUUCUUUGGAAGCCUCCUCCACAAAAGGUCUAGGGCAGGGGUUGGCAAGGUUUACCUUGCCUGGGCCAGUUCACUCCAGAGGAGAUCCCUCUGUGGGCCGGAUUGCGUACGCAUGGCUGUAAUUUCCAUCUACUGUGCAUGCACAGACACGAUUUACGGCACCACGAAAGUGAGACUCCACACCGUGCUGCGCUGGUUUAGUGCAGCGCGCGGGGACUUGCCGAGCAGGUGGCUCGGUUCAUGGACGGCUUGUGGGCUGGUUAAACAACCCCUGUGGGUCUCUUGUGGCCCAUGGGCCUUAGGUUGCCUACCCCUGGUCUGGGGGGGCGGGGCAACACAAGAACAAGUCUUUUCUGCAGUGGCUCCCCGCUUCUGGAAUGCUCUCCCCAGGGAGGCUUGCCUGGUGCCAUCACUGCAUAUCUUUAGGUGCCAACCAGGCAAAAACAUUCCUCAUCUCUUAGGCUUUUGGCUAAUUAAAUCAUCUAUGGCCUUUGAAUUGUGUGUGUCUUUGUGGGGGGGUAUUCUUAUUAUCUCAAAUUCUGAGUAGGAAGUGGUUUUUCAGGUAAUCUGGCCCCGAGCCAUUAAGGGCUUUAAAUGACAAGAGUUUUGAACUGGCCUACAAAAUGGACAGUGGAAAAGCCAGUGGAAAUGAUGAUCUGCUGAUGGGAUAUGUUCAAAUCUUCAAAUCCUUAAGGAGGUCUGCUUCACAUUUUGAGUACCAUAACCCUUAAGUAAUUCUUGCAGUGAAUGCUAGCAUUGGUCUUUGUGGCUGCUCCUUCUGAGUGCUGAAGUAGCUGCCAAUUUUCAUCUGCUGCCACUAUUAUUUCCUUUUGACACUCCUGUCCAAUUAUCUGGGACACCAUGCCAAAAGAAGUGGGGCCCCUAUUCUGAACCAGAUUAUGGGCUCUAUUAGACAGCGUGCCUUCGUCUGUUACUAUUCACGUAGAAAGGUGAGCACAGACUUAUUCAGACGCAGCCUCCAAUUUCCUACUAUUCCAUCCUGCCGUUGCAUCUUUCCGCAGUAGAAACAUUAUUUUGCAAAUUUGUAAAACCUUUUACAAAUUAAACUCUACUCCAAACCUCAUUGCGAUGCCUUUAAGUGUUCUACAAGCAGUUCAACAUAUGCUCAAGCGAAAGUGGUGCUGGGUGCAGAAUUCAGCUCCCUGAGAAUCACAGCCUUAAUUUAGAAACAAAACCCAAACAUUUCUAGUCUUUAAGGCUGUGAAUAAAGGCUUGAAAGUGUGUGGGCAAUGUGGUAAAAUUCAAGAACCGGAACAGUGACUGAAUAAAUGACGCAGGUAUCAUUGCUGGUUCUCUGUACUAUUCCUUCCCCCUCCUCUGUGCCUAGCUGAAUAUUUUUUUGCAAAAUAAGCAUAAUAUUCAUAAUGAUUUGCAUAAUUUAGACCUGUUCGACUUUCUUUGACAUAGAAUUUGGGUUACCUUGGUGCAAACUGAGCUCCCGUUGCUCUGUCCCAGCUUCUGCCAACCUAGCAGUUUGAAAGCACACCAGUGCAAGUAGAUAAUAGGGUACCACUGUGGUGGGAAGGUAAAUGGUGUUUCUGUGUGUUCCGGCUUCCAUUACAGUGUCUCAUUGCACCAGAAGCUGCUUGCCACAUGACCUGGAAAGCUGUCUCUGGACAAACGCCGGCUCCCUCCGCCUGAAAGCGAGAUGAAUGCCGCAACCCCUUUGACUGGACUUAACUGUUCAGGGGUCCUUUACCUUUUAUCUUUACCUAGGGUGGUGAUGGGAUAUUUGCUUUGGGUGCCAAGCAAGCAAGCAAGCAAGGAGGCAAGCAAAUAAAUAAAUAAAUAAAUAGCCUUUUUAUCCAUCCAAGUUCUCGGCUUUGCCUGCCUGCCUGAUGCUCCGAUGUUCCAAACAUUUAACCUUUUAACUAAUGUUCAAAGAUGCACAGCUGCCUUUCCAUUUUGGCUGCUGAUUUUAUUUUGAAAGGUUCCUGCAGAAAGAAUCAGACACGGUGAUAUGAAGAGAAAGAACAAAAAGAUCAGUCAUGGUUUCAUAAUCGUUUAAACAUUUUGAAAUGUCCUGUUCGGGAAACAUAAGAUAGCCCUGAGAUGUUUUGCAUUGGGGUUGCCUUCAGUGAAGUCCGGUGCCUUUUGCCCAUUUUUGGAAAAUGUUUGGGUGGUUAUUUUUAUAUCACCUUUUGCUUGAUUUCAGUGCCAUGGAAGUCAUAUUGAUGAGAAGAUUGCAGAGGUUUGCAUAUGCAUGCCGUGUGACUCCUAGGCUAGUGAUAGGUUAAAGAACCAAGAAGGGAGGCGGGAGUAAUGCUCUGUGCACCAAUGGAUGGCUGAAAGUUAGCAGUACUGGCAUCUAUCAGCAUCACCAUGCCUAUGCUCAUAUUUGGUAAAGUCUGCCAAUUUGCAUCACUGUGGUUAUGCUAAUAAUAUGCUCCUCCAGCAUCUGAUAAAACCAUCUCAAUUCCCCGGUGAUUUUUGGGGCGAGGUGUGGAAGAGCCCAGAAGGGUAAAUGUUUAUAGGAGAAACCUACCAUAGCAACAGAGUUGUCAUUAGUUGUCUGCUUGGGAUCAGAGUGAGGCCAAUUCAGGAGAUGCAAUUUUAUGCAAUUAGCUUCCAGCAGCAAUGCAAUUCUUACUGGGCGGGGAUGAGUUUUGGAAUGGCGAAUUUCAGUGCUGAACUAGGAAUGUAGGAAGACUCAGUUUGGGCAGUCCCCAAAUUGGAAACGUUCCAGUUAAGAUUUGCAGUGGCUUUAAUUAUUAUUAUUAUUAUUAUAUGAGGAGAUUGCUAUCAGAAAUAGGCUGAGAGAAACAACAGAGGAAAUGGGGACAUAAAGGCUAGGACAGACUAAGCUGGGGAAGCAAGCAUAUGUGUAUAAUUUUAUUAAUUUAGCAAAAAUUUAUAUGCCACUUAAGUUACUCCCAUCAGCAUUUUAGUGUGAAUUUUUCCUAAUAUACACAUUUUGGUAGGCAAUUUUUCUUGAAAUACAUAUUUUUUGCAAAAGUUUUCCCCAAUAUAAUGCAUUCUCUUACAUCACUUUCACUAUAUAUGCAUAUUUAUGCCUAUUUUAACCUACUACGUACAAUUUUGUACCCAUCGCUUGACUGAAGAACUGCAUUGCAAAAAUUCAAAAGAAUGCCUGUUUCAAAGGAAGGCUGUGUUUUUUGGUUCACGUGUUAUUUCAGAAAGUGUGACUAGGCAUGUUCUCCUUUAGAUGCAAACUGAGUUGAAUUGCUUCCCCAUCCCUAUUGCCCACCCAAGUCAGCUCUCUCAUCCGUGAUCAGAGAAUGCGCUAUAUAUUUGCAGCAAAAGAGUUACCUUGAAGGAAAAUGGUCUGAGCACAAGAAGUCUGCAAUAAUAAUAAUAAUAAAUAAAUAAAUAAAUUAUACUGGACUUGUUCUGUCAUGGUGCUGCUGGAGUAACUAUGAUGUGGUUGGAAUUAGUAGAAGGAUUUCAUUGGGUAAAUCUAAUUCAGUUGCAAUACUGUACCUGCUUAUCCUGGGGGUAAGUCCCACUGAGUUCAGGUUGACAUGUAUAUAGGAUUGAACUGUUUUCUGAUUUCUCCUUAGAACUAAUAGGCUUCUGUGCUGUGAGCAUAGCUUUUAUAACUAGCUCUGAAUUUACUGCAACAACGUGAAUUGGAAGUCUCACUUCACGGCAAGGUUAACACAGUUUAACAUCUCUGGUGUAGAUGCUGGCUGUGUUACAGCUGCUGUAUGCUUAGCAUGUUUUCUGGAGAAAGCUUCAGUAGAAAUCCACAUCAUGGUUUCUGCACAGCCAUUUUUAGUAGCUCCUUGUAUUGCCAAUUCUUUUAAUUGUAAUUGUAGUACACCUGUGGAACGCCCUCCCUGGGGAGGCUUGGCUGGCGCCUGCCUCCUUAUCCUUCUGUCACCUGGCAAAGACUAAAUAAAAAAUAAAUCCAAGAUUUUUAACCCUUUCAUUAUGUCUGGGUAUAAUUGACCAUAGCAACAACCAAUAAAAAUAGUGAUGUUAUUGCAAACUUAUCAUUUUUUCUCUCUCAGGCCUUCCUAAAUCAGUCCAUUCUGUUUCUCCAGCUUUUAAUUAUUGCUGACUAAUUUUUUUAAAACAAAAAAAUCCAACCACACAUUUAAUAUGGUUUGUAUUGUGUUUUAUAUUCAAUUUUUGCGUACUGCUCUGGUGUUCUUUGAAUGUAAAGGUAAAGGGACCCCUGACCAUUAGGUCCAGUCGUGACCGACUCUGGGGUUGCGGCGCUCAUCUCGCUUUAUUGGCUGAGGGAGCCGGGGUACAGCUUCCGCGUCAUGUGGCCAGCUUGACUAGGCCACUUCUGGCGAACCAGAGCAGCACACGGAAACGCCGUUUACCUUCCUGCUGGAGCAGUACCUAUUUAUCUACUUGCACUUUGACGUGCUUUCGAACUGCUAGGUUGGCAGGAGCAGGGACCGAGCAACGGGAGCUCACCCCGCCGCGGGGAUUCAAACCACCGACCUUCUGAUCGGCAAGCCCACAGCGCCACCCGCAUCCUCUUUGAAUGUAGAGCUGACUAUAAAUUCUGAAACAAACAAAUAGGAACAUAGGAACACGUCUUAUACCAAGUCAGACCUUUGGUCAAUUUAGCUCAGUAUUGCCUAAAACAGCAGGAUAAAACCACUCAAAUAGCAGUCCACAGAAAAUGUAAUAUGAAAUAAUGAACAGGGACAUUUAAAAAUUCCAGCCCAACACCAUUAAUUAAAAGCAGAUGGGAAUAAAGCAGUGUCUUUAGCUGUUUUUAAACAGGCACAUGUGCCUCCUGCAGAAGGGAGCUCCCACAAAGGUGGGGCCGCCACAGAAAAGGCUCUGUUCUUUAUGCCUCCAUCCUUGAUGGCAAACCUAUGAGCAGGGCCAGUUGGUUGACCAGCAGGGCCUGCUAGUCAGUUUUAGCCCUAAUGAAAACAAAAUGCUUUUUUGUGGCAGCUCUGAUUAAUUGUAUUGCAUGAAGUUAAUUAACUGUAUUGUAUAGUUGGCAUACAUGCACAACACACCUCAAUGUGGCAGAAUGUCAUCAAAGCUACAAGAGCCACUGCAUCUUGGAUUGUCACAGUAUACAAUGUAUGUAACAGCAAAGCUGGAAAAAUAGCAGUGAGCAUCAAAUUUUUAGACAUCAGCCCUGCAGAGGGAUGGAAAGUAGGUCAAAAUUCUUAGGUGUCAGAGCCAAAUUUGAAGGCAGCUGGUUGACCAGCUGUUUAGGAUUUUUCCAGCAUUGCCUAAGACAUUGCCUUCCUCUCUAUUUCCUAUUGUAUUAUUUGGAAUUGACUAAAAAAAAACCCACUCACUUAAUAAUAUCUUCUAUGUCCCAAAUAAAUCCAAGACAGCUAGGGUGCAUUGUGAGAUGGUCUGGACGACUCCGCUGGAGACAUGACAAAACCAGUUGUGAGUAUUUUUCACAAGUGUCGUAAACUAUGGCUAUACCAUAUGCUUAUUUUCAGUGGAGGAGUUCCAGUUGAAUUCAGUGAGCUUACAUCUGAGUAAACAUGGAGAGAAUCUGGCUGCAAGUUAUUAGUUGUGCAGUGAUACAUUUAUGUAAAGGUAAGGUAAAGGGACCCCUGACCAUUGGGUCCAGUCGUGACCGACUCUGGGGUUGUGCCGCUCAUCUCGCUUUAUUGGCCGAGGGAGCCGGCGUACAGCUUCCAGGUCAUGUGGCCAGCAUGACUAAGCCGCUUCUGGCGAACCAGAGCAGCGCACGGAAACGCUGUUUACCUUCCCGCUGGAGCAGUACCUAUUUAUCUACUUGCACUUUGAUGUGCUUUCGAACUGCUAGGUUGGCAGGAGCAGGGACCAAGCAACGGGAGGUCACCCCGUCGCGGGGAUUCGGACCGCCGACCUUCUGAUUGGCAAGUCCUAGGCUCUGUGGUUUAACCCACAGCGCCACCCGCGUCCCUAUGAUACAUUUAUGUACAAUGCUCAAAAUUAUUCCUCCCAGGGAGGUAGGUAUAGGUUUGCAGCCUUAGACUGCCACGUGCGGCUCAGUAAAGUGUUCAGAGAUUUAUGUUUUGCCUGUUUUUAAUUUGGGUAUUAAUUGUGUUUUAAAGAUGUAUUGUAAUCUAUGAUUGCCAGUCUUAUGUUUUCAGAAGAUGUUCUUAAAAGCAACAAUGAUAAAUGCUUGAUAAAGUCUCAUAGUCACUCGGACAGAGCAUGUCUGUUGCAAUUUCAGCCCCCUUGGUUCAGGGAUUUGGAAAGAGAGUCAGGAUUGUCAAAACAGGACAUUGUAUAUGCUGCCGUUAUGUGAGCUGCAGCAGCAUGGAAACAAGAAACUAAGGCUGUGUUCACACUACACCUUUCAGGUACAUUUGAAGCUGUAGUUUGCUAAGGGUUGCUGGGAAUUGUAACUCAGUGAGGGGUAAACUACAGGGUCCAGAAUUCUUUGAGGGAAAGAAUGUGCUUUGGAUGUGCUUUAAAGGUUUUGUGUGCAGCCAACAGGUGCAGGCUGAAAAUCUUAAGUUUUCUUUUUUUUUUUUCAAGGCCCAGCAUCCAGCAAUUGCACAGGUUUGAAAGUGUGGUUGUGGUGGGGAGCCUCAGGGCACCAAGCUUUCUUGGGUGUUUUUGCCGGACUAGGAUGUGCUGUUGAACUGUGAUAAUUGAACUUGGUGUCCAGGAUUGGAGGAUAAAGGGUUAUGCUCAAGUGUAUGUAGAAACUAGUCUACUCUACAAAGUAAAAUUUACACUUGUUGCUUCUUCCAGUUUUGCCUCUGGCUUCUCCCAUGUGGCUCUUGAAAGGUUGCCCAAGUGGGAAUAAUAAUAAUAAUAAUAAUAAUGAUAAUGAUAAUGAUAAUCAGUGCUUUUUUUCCUGGUGGUACACAGGGGUACGCAUACCCCUAAACAUUUUGUUAAUCUUUGUACUUUCGUCCAUCUACUGUAUUUAUUUCCCCCGAUUUGAACUAUAAAAUGGUGAUUUUCUUGAGUCAAAAUGAGAGUACCCCUAAACAUUUUUUUUUAGAAAAAAGCACCAAUAAUAAUAAUAAUAAUAAUAAUAAUAAUAAUAAUAUUUAUACCCCACCCAUCUGGCUGGGUUUCCCCAGCCGCUCGGGGCGGCUUCCAGCACUUAAAAAAAUAUAACACAAUGUCAAACGUUUAAAAUUUCCCGAUACAGGGCUGCCUUCAGACAUAUUCUAAAAGUUUUGUAGUUCUUUCUCUCCUUGACAUCUGAUGGGAGGGUGUUCCACAGGGAGGGUGCUACUGCCAAGAAGGCCUUCUGCCUGGUUCCCUGUGACUUCACUUCUCGCAGUGAAGGAACAGCCAGGAGGCCCUCAGAGGUGGAUCUCAGGGAACCUAGCCCUGGGGCUGUACCCCUCACAGUCUGGGCAAGGCUUGGUGAAAUUUCAGAAGCAGAAAACACAGGAGUGGCAUGUCGGGGGAGAGAAGGAACUAGUGAUCAUAGGGAAUUGCUUCCUUCUGCACUAGGACAUUGUUCCGUCUAGGACAGUACAGCACUGGGGAGCAGCUCUCUGAGGUCUCAGGCAGAGAUCCCUUCCCCUGCCCUGCUGCCGGCAAUGCCAGCAACUGAACCCGGGGCCUUCUGCAUCCAAAUAUUGUGCUUUACCACUAAACUGUGGCUCCUGUCAAGGGAUAGGAUUUCCAGGGACGGGGCUUCAGCGUCCUGCGUAGACCCUUGCACCCCUGCCUUCGUGAAUCAGCAGAAACAAAAUGAAUAAUGCAGGAUUAGCAAAUCUGCUUGAUUUGCAUCAUGUAUGCAAGGUGCAUAAUUCAGCAUUCUUCAGAGUCAAGCGUUGCUCUAUUUAGGCCAGGCUGCAUGGAGACCCGCAAUGUGCAUGCUGAUUUCCACCUCACCCCCCUUCCUCAAACCCUUUUGCCAUUUGCUCUAAAAUACUUUCUUCUUGCUGUGUCAGUUGACGUAUAAGAUCUUUUUUUCACAUGAUCUUCUUUUUUUUUUUUUUUUACAUGCAACCUGUCAGACUGUACAUCAAAAAGACAGCAACGAUGAUACAAUAUAUUUUGUGGCUUGCCUCUGCCUAUUGAAAUUUGUUUUAGAAGAAUUUGUACAUUAAAAGGGCUCGUGGGAAUAAGGGUCCAAAUGAAAGUUCAGGUGCUUUAUUAAUCUGUUCCAACGCAGCUGUGCCGGCUGAGGGUACCUGUGCCAAAUCCUUUUAAGGCAGUGGAGCUGGUCCAGACCGUGAUGAGGCUCUGCUCUUCUUCACAACCUUACUCAGUGACCCCAAGUGUAAUAAUUCCUCUUGAACCAUCUGCUUCCCAUUCUUGCCAGAGGGUUUUCUACAGAACUCUUGCCUAAGUUCUGGAUAAAUGUAGGACACACAAGAAUAUCCGAACAGGCCUUGUCAGCAGAAUCAUCUUAAGGGAGAUCUUGCAAUAUUGCAUUGCUCCUUGAAACACAUGGCUUCCCACAGAUACUGAAAAUUACAGGCAAGCCUAUACUUUAUUCGUUUGCUUUCAAAAGAAUUUUUAUUUGAGUAAUUGCACGUGUAAACAAAACCAUGUGGAUGGACUUCCAUAAGCUUCGUAAAUAUAAAAUGCAUGUAUUGCAAACUCUUAAAUGGGUUUCAUCCAUGGAUGUACACAUGAACCCACAAACACACACAAAUAUGCAAGAUUUAUCUGUUAGAGAAAGCUGAUUCACCAUAUAUGAUGCAACUGGAGCCCAAAAGUCACUUAAUGUUGUAAAUGUUAUUGGGAUAUGUUAGGACGGCCGAGUGUUAGUUGUUUAGGUUCAGCUACUGAAGCUCAUUGAGAGGUGUCUACUUAUUUGGGUAAAAAAGCAUCAUCCGCAGCAAAAUGGGACAGGACUAUUGCCCCCAUUCAACUAAAGAAUCGCCAGCAUUGCUCUGGACGAGAAGGCAGUCAGUACUCCAGUUGCCUUUUUGAUAUCUUGCAGGACAUCAUAUGAGCUCCAUUUACCUGCUGCAGCUCUGCUCCAAUGUCAUCCCUUGGAUAUAUUAGAGUCUGGCGCUUGCAUUAGAGCAAAGAACAUAAGAAAAGCCCUGGUGGAACAAGUCAGAGACAUAUAGAGUCCAGCAUUCUGUUCUAAGCUGAGAGAUUCUAAGUUUUAUCUUAUAUACAUGCCCCUGAAAGUAUUUUUACUCAUCUCCUGUAAUUUCUUCUCCCCUUCUCCUUCCACGCUUAACUUGCACCCUAUUCCCCACAAGCUAUUUCUAUCAUUCCUCCUCCCUACCAUAUGAACUUCUUUCUCCUUUCUUCUCUCAUUUUCUUCCUUUCUAGCUAUCACUGUUAUUAUUAAAUUUUUAAAAUUUUUUAGUGUUUUAUUAUGUUUUUAUAUGCGCUGGAAGCCACUCAGAGUGGCUGGGGAAACCUAGCCAGAUGAGUGGCGUAUAAAUAACAAAACAUUGUUGUUGUUGUUGUUGUUGCCAGCCAGGGGCAUAUCAGAAGACAAGAGCCCUCUCCCAUGGAUGUUGCCUCUGAUAAUGGAGGUAAUAUGGCCAUCAUGACAAGUAACCAUAGAUCGUCUUAUCUGAUAUGAAUUUGUUUGAUUCCCUUUUUAAACCAUCCAAGUUGGAUGGCCCAAAAUGUAUCUUUUUUUAAAAAAUAACAAUAUUUUAUCGAGUUUUGCUGCCAAUGAUGUCACCUUUCCUUAUGAAGAGCUGCUCCAGUCUUCUUUUGGUUGCCCUUUUCCAGCUCUACAAUAUUAUCUUUGAGUCUUUUCUGUGCAGAAUUGGGCUGUUAGGCAGCACAGUCCUGAAUGUUUCUUCAUGGCAUGUUCUCCCUUGAAAUAAUCCCCUAAGAACAAAAAGUCAUUGGGGUGCCUCAUUACUGUGGUCGGAUUUAUUCCGUGCCGCAUUCCUCCCCCAAACGUAUUUUAUCCUUCUCUAUUAGUUUUCAGAUGUCAGUUGAAGAGGGUUUUAUUUCAGGGGACAGCUGGGAUCCAUUGAAUUAUGAAUUCGUGUUAACCACUGGUGCUUCUGUUGGACAUGUUUUGUUUUUCAAAUGCUGUCUAUUUAAAAAAUGACUUCACCCUAUCUCCCUAGUUAACUCAAGCCUUUUUCUGACUCAGCAUGAAGCAAUCACCCACCCAAAAUGUUCCACAUGGCAUAAUUAAUAGUCACACCGUUUUUACACAGCAAUCUCAGGUAUAACAGGAAAUAUUUUAUAUUCUACACACACACACACACACACAGGACCGUGACACACACAGGACAAACCUCUUACUCUCUUUCAUUCCCUCAUACUUUGGUCACCUUUGUUGAUUGAAGGAUGCCCUUCGUGGCUAGAAAUGGGAGAUAUAUUUCUGAGGCAACAGUGUGGUUGUUUCAGUUUCUAAAAGAAUUGCCCGUAAGACAAAUAAAGCAAAACCCACUUCCUUCAUCAUACUCAGUAUAUCAACGUGGGUCGCGCUGUGGUCUAAACCACUGAGCCUCUUGGGCUUGCUGAUCGGAAGGUCGGCAGUUCGAAUCCUUCCAGCGGGGUGAGCUCCCGUUGCUCAGUCCCUGCUCUUGCCAACCUAGCAGUUCGAAAGCAUGCCAGUGCAAGUAGAUAAAUAGGUACUGCUGUGGUGGGAAGGUAAACGGCAUUUCCAUGCGCUCUGCUACUCAUCACAGUCCUCCGUGCGCCAGUAGCUGUUUAGUCGUGCCCUGGAAAACUGUCUGUGGUCAAACGCUGGCUCCCUUGGCCUGAAAGUGAGAUGAGCGCCGCAAUCCCAUAGUCGCCUUUGACUGGACUUAACCGUCCAGGGGUCCCUUACCUUUACCUUUUACUCGGUAUAUAUACUAGAAACCUUUUUCUCUCCUUUUUGUGGGGUGGGGGCAGGAUGAUGAUGAUGAUGAUGAUGAUGAUUAUUAUUAUUAUUAUCAAGUUUUCAAGGCAGAUCUGCCACUCUGCCCCCUCAUGAACCCCAGCUGGGUAUGAGGGAAAAGGGGAUGAUCUUGGAGAUUCCAGAGGCGGAUGGACUGAGGGAAGCGAAAGGGAGAAAAAGUGGAGAGCAGCAGGAGUCAGGGAAGGGAGGUAGAGAAUUAAGUGUUUGUUGGGCAGAGAAUGUGUGUGUGCCCAUCUAGUAAAUCUAGGUCAAAUCUAGUAAAACAAAUCCUUGAAAAAUUGCCCAAUUUUUCCAUUCCCUUCCCUGAAACCACCAUCAAAUCACAGAUCAGAGCUGUCUCCAUUGACUGACCCAAAAAUAUCAUUGAUGUGCGACAUGGAUCGUUAUGGGUCUUCACAGUUAUUUGUUUGCUGGGCAUGAAGGUGCUCACUGGUAUGUAGUACUGCUGCUUCCUCUUCUUUGCUGCUCACAGCAGCCAUUUUGUGCUGGCACCCAUUAACACGUGCAUCAUUAAAAAAACUAAUUAAAAGUAAAAAAAUAAAUUUUAAAAAGCACGCUAGAUCUUUAAAUGGGGUCACCGCAAAACCAUAUAGGUUAGCUGUGUGGUCCACAAAUGUGCUCAGUGAUGUCUUAGUGGGUUCCUUGCCCUCCUACGUGAGGAAAAUCAUUAGGCGUGGCUGACAUGGAAGUGCAGUUUAUCUGGAGAGGGGCAGUGAGUGCUGUGCAAAUGCGCUGGCAGAACCAAUCCAGCAGUCAUGUGUGUGCAUGCAGAGAUCUGACCUUCCCCUUCUCCUCUCCUCACUGGUGCCAGCAGCGACUACAGUGCCAGAAGGCCAACCACUUCAGAAAACCAUCACCAUGCAGGCAGAUUUGUGCCCUGUGGAACGCCUUCCCAUCAGGUGUCAAGGAAAUAAACAACUAUCUGACUUUUAGAAGACAUCUGAAGGCAGCCCUGUUUAGGGAAGUUUUUAAUGCCUGAUGUUUUAUUGUAUUUUUAACAUUUUGUUGGAAGCCGCCCAGAGUGGCUGGGGAAACCCAGCCGGAUGGGCGGGGUAUAAAUAAUAUCAUCAUCAUCAAUAUUUUGGUGAUGCUGGCAAGCAGCAGAUCUGUGUUUUUACUGAGCAAUGUUACCAACACUAGCAUUAAUUUCUUGGUAGCUUUUUGGGGUACUCUGUGUAAAAUCAUUCAGUUUUUAAUUUUACUGGAUCUGACUUUUCCCCAGACCCCAAAACAAGUUAUGUACAGUCAUACCUCAGAUUACAGAUGCUUCAGGUUGCGUUUUUUUGGGUUAUGGACGCGCCAAAACCCAGCAGUACUGAAAUGGGUUACUUCCGGGUUUCGACGGUCACGCACGUGCACAAGCGCUAAAUCGCGCUUUGCGCAUGCGCCAAAGCACCAAAUCACAACCCGCAGGUGCGGCGCUGCAGGUUGCGAACGUGCCUCCCGCAUGGAUCAUGUCCGCAACCCGAGCAUCCACUGUAUAUGCAUGCAUUCUCUCUUUCUGUGUGGUGGUGAUAAUGGGAAGAAUAGUCCAAGGGAGUCCGAAGGAAGAGAAGUAACCAGAGGAGGCACUGCCUAUGGCACUCCUUCAAAAUUCCAAAUGUGUUCAUGGGGUCUAAAAGGUUCAGUCACUCAUGCCCACUUACGUAUUUUCCCAGCUCACCGACAAUCAGGACUAGCACCAUGCCCUUUGUUUUUAAAGCAAGACAAGAUUCCUAGAAAACCAAAUUCCACAAUAGUUCCCCAACUGAUUUAUGGGAUGCAUGUGUGUAUAUGUACAUAAUCAUAACACAUGUGGCAGUGUUAAAUGACAGCGUUUCAUUUUCUUCUGUAAUAUUCCUUUAGGCUGUUAGUGGCAAAUUAGAGCUCUAAAACUGUUCACGGCUGUGGUUUUGGAGGAAGCCAUCUAAACUAUCCCAAAGGGGAUCAGUUUUCUUACCAAAUGACACUCAGUCAAACUGACUGCAUGAAGCCAUAUGACUAAGCUAAAACUAAAGAAACUUAGCUCUUCACCCCCACAAACUGCUUCCAGUGUAUGGAAUAGAAUAUAAAAGCAAAUAGAAGUCCCUACAAAUCAUGUGAACAUGACUGAGUUUCCAGAGGCAAACUAUGCAGUGACAAAACCCUGAAGAUUUUAUCUGUCCCGACACUUAAAUGUUUGCUGUAGAAGUUAUGGUCUUUCCCAAACCAUAGACAUAAGUCUGAGCGCAUGUGAGGCUGGCCUGUUCAUUUGCCCAUAAUUCUCUCACAGUCUGGGUGAAAAGAUUGGUGGGACAUUAGAGUGUAACUUCUGCAUCCAGUAAAACAAGAUAUCUACCCAAUGUAUUUAAUCUUCAUAUUUAUAGCCUGCCUUUCUUCCAUGGAACACAAGCAUGGGGUUCACAGGCAAUCUCCCAUCCAGACUUAUCCCAGAUGUUGACUCUACCCAAGUGCACUUAGCUUCAGCGAAAGGACUGCAUGACUUGCCUGCCUUUGUAGUUUGGGAGGCACACCAUAAAUUACCUUUUCCUGCUCUGUAUUCUGUUAAUAGCUCUGGCUGUAUCCAGUGCAGGUCCUACCAAGAGAAGACCCAUUGAAAAGAAUGGGCUCUGAGUAAAACAUAGCUGGACACAAGCCAUGGUUUGCCCUCUACAUCCAAGGUUUUUCUUUCACAGAUAACUUACCAGAGAGGCCCUGGCACGAGUGUGUGUGUGUGUGUGUGUGUGUGUGUGUGUGUGAGAGAGAGAGAGAGAGAGAGAGAGAGAGAGACAGAGAGAGACAGAGAGAGAGAGAGAAUCCAUUGCCUUUGCUGUUCCCAUGGGGAAAUAUCUCAUUAAAGCUAAUGGGAGCUUUUCUCCAUGCAAAUAAAUCACUUGGAAGGUUCAUUGUGCUCAUUCAGUAUAUACAUUUCAUUUUCAAAAGGUAGUAGGUACAGGAGGCCCAACCAGAUCAGGAUCACAAAGGGCAGAGGAUUGCCCACACACCCAUGCCAAUGCCCUAAUCCAGAUUGGGGCUUGCAUUAAGGGCAAAGUAGGUGAUUAAUGUAAUACAUGCAGUUUAAAUAUUUUUCAUUACUUUUCAAAAGAAAGUUUAUACAAAAUUCUGCAAAAUGCAGUGUUAUCGGUUUCUGAUGACGAUAUACAUAGUCCAUAUACAGUUAUGGAUCAAUGUAAGAAAAAGACAAGACAUAAAAUAAAACCAAAAUAGACAAAGCACAGGUAUGCGAAUGCGUGGAAGGUAGCGAGGGCGAUAAAAACAUGGGCUCUAUUAUACCAAGGGAAAGUAUUUAAAGUAUUCAAAUGCCCUGAGUCACUUUAUCAGCCAUAUUUGUCUGUAAGCUGUGUGUGUGAUCCUCAACCAUGUUCCCCCUUGCUUUCAAAUGGAACUAAAUCGGGCCAAACAGGUACGAAAUUGUCCUUUUUUUCUUUGGCCCCUAAGAACUCUCUGCUGAUGGGUGCCUUCGGAUGAGCCCUCACUCUUGCAAGUAAACAAGAGCAACAAAAGGAUUUGCUCCAGUGCUUGCCCACACCGGUUACCAGUGUUCAGUAACUAGAAAAUGUCAAUACUAUAACCAUUAUAUUUGCUGAUAUAAUCUACCCAUGUAAAAAUGUUUCAUAACACAGCAGUUCUGAAAGUCAAAUAUAUCCAGAUGGCACCUGUCUUGAUGGGGAACCAUAAUACUUGUGGGAACAUUUAUUGUUUUUCUACGUGAAGGCAAUUUCAGGUCAGUGUAAUACUUGUGAUUAUUUUAUUUUAUUAUUUUUUUCCAGUGUUUUUGAUCAGCUUUGCUGCAAAAUAUCUUCUCCUUGAGGCUGAACAUUCAGUAGUGACUAAAUAUCUCAAUAUCCUAGUGGUGGGUGGUGACCUUGCCAAAGUUUGUAAUUCCUGCACUUGGAAGAAAAACUGGGGUGACUUAUAAUUCGAGGUGAACAUUGUGACCCUGAAAGUUCUUUUCCAGCUAGGAUUGUAAUCCAAACCAGAGAACAGCUCUUCCCACACCCAACAGAUUUGCUUCCAUAAACAUUGUUGCCUGUUUUGAAGAGGUUCAUCGAUGGAGGCGUUAGUGCACUCACUUUGAAAGAACUUGCAUUCUUGUUGACAUGUCUUUGAUAAAAAUCUGAACAGCGGAUGACAAUGGCUAGGAUCCAGUGGAGAUACUAAUCCAUGUGCAAGUGCUCACAAGUCCCAAACUGUAAACUGCUUUUCUGAGCUUAAGGAAGUUUGGGAGUUCAGCAAGGGACAUUUCUGGAGAGGAAACCGUGCAUGCAAUGAUCUGAUCUAUGAAAGUGCAUUGUGGUACACAAGUACUGUAAACAGGAUUUGGGUUACACAAGACUUUUCUGUGCAGGACACAAGAGCCAGUGUGGUGCAGUGGUUAGAGUGUCAGAGAUCAGGGUUCAAAUCCCCAGUCACUGGGUGACCUUGGGGCCUGUCACUGCAUCUCAGCCUAUCCUGCUUUAUGUGGUUGUUGUGGGGAUUAAAUGAGGGGAGAGAACCAUGUGCACUGCUUUCAGCCCCUUGGAGAAAAAUGUGGGAUAUAGAUGCAAAAAAAUAAAUAAACGUGGGUCAUUUUGAUUUUAAUAUAAAGUGGGAGGUUGGGGGUGAAGCAUUGACAGGCAGGAGAGGGAAGGGGAAUCAGAUUCCUCCCCCCAAGCAUCACUUGUUUUUAAUGCCGUUUUUGAUCAGAUCCCAGCUCAAGAAAAAGGCAUUGAAAAGAAAGCAAUUUUAGUGGGGGAAAGUGCUGGAGAGGAGGGCUUGGCUCUUGGCCUUGGUGUACUUUACCCCUCCACCACUGCCUGCCACUUUAUAUUAAGUUAAUGGUAGCCUGGCUUCUACACACUGGUCUGUUGCUGCUGGUUGAAGUUUGACCCUUACAUCCUGUGUUUUCCUAGCUGUGUCAAUCUCGGCCUACUGCAGAUUAAGUUUACGUAGCAAUUUCCAUUCUAAUUAUCUGUUUUCAAUCACUCACAUCUUACAUAAACUUUCCAGGCUUCUUCUCUGCCACAGAUGUGUAUAUAUAAUUAAACAAUUAACAUUGCCAACUCUGUGGUAUUCAGUAGAAGUAACCAGAGUUCGCAAAACACACUUGUAUAGAUAUAGAUAUAGAUAUAGAUAUAGAUAUAGAUAUAGAUAUUUUUUUUUAAAAGCAACAACUAUGGAUUAAAUUGAUGGUGGCUGAAUGGAAAGGAAGUGUAGAAUGGAUGUAUACUCACAUAGAGUAUACAUAUCACACUGAAAACUGAAGAGAAACUGAGUGUUUGGGCAGUGGGAAUGUGUUCCACAGGGAUUCACAGUAAGGUAAACAUUUCCACAAAGUGCAUUUGUAUGUCAGGACCUCUUGUCUGCAUAGAGUCUCAAACCAGGGUCCUCUGGGAGCUGAGCUGGGUUUUUGCUCCUGUGACCUAAGAUCCAAAUGACUUGCACAAUUUAUUUAUUUCUUUAUUUGUUUGUUUGUUCCCUUUAUAUACUACUUUUCCUUCAGCGAGCCCAAGGUGGUAUACAUGGUUCUCUUCUUCCCCAUUUUAUCAUUGCAGCAACCCCGUGAGCUCAGGUUAGGCUGAGAGUCUGUGACUUGCCCAAGGUUCAGCCAGUGAGUUUCAUGGCUGAGCAGGGAUUUGAACCUCGAUCUCCCAGAUCCUAGCCCAACACUCAAGAGCUGAUCCGAGUUUCAUUGGUUCCAUGUGAUUAGGAAGUAUCCUGGCAAUACUGUGAGUUAUUAUGACUUUGCUGAAUGGUAUUUGUUGUUUUGAUGAAUUUGUUGUUGUUUGCUUUAUAUGCUAUUGUGUGAUAGUAUAGUGAUCACAAUGAGGUUUUGUUUUUGGUUGGUUUUUUUAAAAAAUGCUACUGUGAUUACUGCGAACCACUUUGAGCUCAACAUUUGUUGUUGGAAAAGUGGAAUACAAAUACUAAAUCAGCUCGUCAUGCUUUUAAAAAAGAAGAAGAAGGAAAAAUGCUGGUGGGCAUGGGCCAAACACUUAAAAAGGGUAAAGGGGACCCCUGACCAUUAGGUCCAGUCGUGACCGACUCUGGGGUUGCGGUGCUCAUCUCGCUUUAUUGGCUGAGGGAGCCGGCGUACAGCUUCUGGGUCAUGGGGCCAGCAUGACUAAGCCACUUCUGGGGAACCAGAGCAGCGCACGGAAACGCCGUUUACCUUCCUGCUGGAGCGGUACCUAUUUAUCUACUUGCACUUUGACAUGCUUUCGAACUGCUAGGUUGGCAGGAGCAGGGACUGAGCAACGGGAGCUCACCCCAUCGUGGGGAUUCGAACCACCGACCUUGUGAUUGGCAAGUCCUAGGCUCUGUGGUUUAACCCACAGCGCCACCCAGAAGCAGCUUAGUCAUGCUGGCCACAUGACCUGGAAGCUGUACGCUGGCUCCCUCGGCCAAUAAAGCAAGAUGAGCGCCGCAACCCCAGAGUCGGCCACGACUGGACCUAAUGGUCAGGGGUCCCUUUACCGUUUACCUUAGUAAGCAUUAGGCGCAUCCAAUAUAACUAUUUAGAUCCCAGCCUUACCCAUUGCUUCAUCAUUCUGUGUUCUUGCGUGGGUCUGUGCACUGCCCCAUUACCACGUCCUGUGGGAAAGAAAUGGCUCUUCAUGGGCAGGAAAGAAGGUGCUCUGCUCAUCUGUGGUUUUGACGCCUUUUAAAGUCACCUCUUUUUUGGCCACAAUUUGUGUAACAAAUGGGUGCCAGAGAUAGCAUCUGUUAAAACCAGCUCCUAUGGCCAAGGGGAGGAAAUUAGCAGACUCUCCUUGGUCAGCAAACCUUCAUUAUACAUUAACACCCAUGGCAAACAAGCAAACUAAAAGGACCACAGAAAGAAGUUUCACACCUUAUUCCCCCCCGCCCCCACCCCAGAAUUCUCAGGAAGGCAAAACCUGCUUUUUUAUUGUUUAGGUGACAGGUGGAGACCCUUUUAGUCUCCAAGGCUUUAAAGAGCUGACUGAUGUUGGCUGCUGCUUUUAUUGGCUUGCAGAACAGGUUUUUGCUGCUCCUGUUCUUUCAAAACUCUUUGUGUGCCCUUUUAAUUGUUUUAUAAUUAAAGUAAACAGUUUUGGAUAUUUUAAAUAGAAAAAAAGGAUAUGUAAAUGUUUCAAACAAACAGAAAUAAGCUCAAAAUAAAAGAAACGUUCCGUGCAGCAUAGCAGAGGGCACCAUUUCUGGUGCCAUUUUUAGUUAAACAUCUGAGCUAGGUUAAGAGCUUUGAGAACUUAAAGACGAAAAGUCGCUUUAUCCAGGGAUAGCCCACAUAUAUAUUGACCUGUUCUGACCUCUUUUUCUUAAUGGUGACUGCUCCUUCUCAGGCUGCACAGAAAAAGCAUUUUGGUUCCAGAAAUUCAUUCCGACUUUUCAGCUGAGAUAUAAUUGAUAGAAUUCUACAGGAUGGGCUAUUAGUGUGUGAAAACAGUUCCAAUGAUCCCCAGGCAUGGACCUCCAAAUGGUGGAGAUGUCAGACGCCACCUUAGCACCCAGGCACCUUCACUUGUUCGUAAAUGGUUGGAAGCUAGGUGCAAAAUGUGCUUGGCACCUGGCUAAUUUUGAACACUGAUUUUAAGCACAUCCAGUACGCAGGACUUCAUCCCCACAAGGAAUCUUCAGAGUGCUACCAUUCCCAGCACCAUUAACAAACUACAGUUCCCAGGAUUUGUUGAGGGGAGUCACGUGUGUGUGUUGCCUGUGCAGUGUGCAGUGGUGUAGAUCUGCUGUGACAAAUGUGUCGUAGCUUGAGCUGUAGCAGAAAAGGCGCAGCUCCAUCAGAUACAUGAAAGUGGACCACAGACGUUAUACAGUGGUACCUCGGGUUAAGAACUUAAUUCAUUCUGGAGGUCCAUUCUUAACCUGAAACUGUUCUUAACCUGAAGCACCACUUUAGCUAAUGGGACCGCGUUCUGCCACCGUGCCGUUGCUGCGCGAUUUCUGUUCUCAUCCUGAAGCAAAGUUCUUAACCCGAGGUACUAUUUCUGGGUUAGCGGAGUCUGUAACCUGAAGCGUCUGUAACCCGAGGUACCACUGUAUAUGAUCUGCACAUAGAUCCAGAAGGAGAGGGGUAUGGUAGAAUCUGUGUUGCAGAAUGAGAUAAAAGAAGUGUAUCCAUAUCUUUGUUGCCCUACUGAUAGCGACGCAAUUUGAGCUGCAGCCAUAAACAGACUAGGACAGCCUUCGCCAGCAUUGGUGCUUGUCAGAUGUUUUGGUCUACAGCUCCCAAUUAUUAUUUGAUUGUUUCAUCGAAUUUAUACACUGCUUGAUUUGUGGGGAAACCCUCAAAGCACUUUACAAUAAAGAAUAAAGCAAUAAUGGAGCAAUCAAUAGCUCCAGCCAGCAUGAAUUGUAGUCCAAAACACAGGGACAGCACCAGGUAUAUAAGAUUGUACAUGCUGUUGAGAAAGUGGGUAGGGAGAGUUUUUUCUUCCUCUUUUUCAAUGCUAGAACCUGGUCUCAUCCGGUGAAGCUGAAUGCCAGAAGAUUCGAGACAGACAAAAAGAAAGUACCUCUUUCUUUUGCUACUGCAAGUGAUGGCCACCAGCUUGGGCUGGCUUUAAGGGGACCAGAAACAUUCAUGGAGGAUAAAGCUAUCAAUGGCCCCUUGUCAUGAUGGAUAAGUUGCACUGCUUCCAGUAUCAGAUGCAGUACCCAGAGGCCUCUGAACAGAGGUUUUUUUACGUUAUUAAGGCACGGGCAACUUUCUAGGUGACUAGCUUUCUGAGACCCAUCGUAUAAGUUCCCCAUCGACAUGUAAAUGCUGGAGAAUGGACAAGCAUGCCACUGACCUUCAUUUAUUUAUUUUUUAUUCCACUUUUUGUAUAAUUCAUGGCCAUAAAAUAUAGGAAGGGAAUUUGCGAACAAGUUUGUUUAUUAUUCUUACCCAGAUUUAGAAUGUUACUAGUAAUUUUCAUUUGGCGUUUAGAAAACCUUUACCAGAUAUUACUACAGGAAAUUGUAUCUUGUUUUGUUUGUUUCAUUAAAAAAGGGAAAAGGUGACACUUCAGCAAGGAUCUGCCUGUGCUGUCAAAAAUCCAUGUUAAUUCAGACAAGCUUAAUUGGUUGUAAACACCUGUUUUUUGUUGUUUAUUAGUUCAGUGAUUUUCAACUGAAUGCAAGUUGAACUGGAAAUCAUUAGCCAACAGCAGAUGUACGGAUUUCAUGAUAUAACUGUUCUAAUUCGCUAAUGACUUGACAAACCAUUAUUUUUUGUAAAUGGGGUUUAUCCAUGUGAGAUACUCUAAAUCUAUGUGACCUGCGGAAAGACAGUAAUUUUGCAACUCUCCCCCUGCUACCUGAAUCUGGAUAACACGUUUUUACAAUUUUGUAUUCUGCAGGUUGGAAAACGUUGGGAAACUGGUACGAGAAGCCAAUCAUGAUGGGAUUAAAGAAUCUAGCUGCCUUUCCUGGUGGUUUUCACCUUUUAAGUGUUUGUGUGCUCUUGCUGCUAUUUCACAUGGACAAAGUGCAUGCAGAACAUCAGUCCGAAAAUGCCAGCAAAGAUGAUGCGUGCACUGGUACCUAUUUCUGUAAGAAAGGUGUGAUUUUGCCAAUCUGGGAGCCUCAAGACCCUUCCUUUGGAGAUAAAAUAGCAAGAGCUACCGUAUACUUUGUGGCUAUGGUCUAUAUGUUUCUAGGAGUAUCCAUCAUAGCAGACCGCUUCAUGUCAUCCAUAGAAGUUAUCACAUCCCAAGAAAGAGAGAUCACGAUCAAGAAACCCAAUGGCGAGACCACCAAGACGACUGUUAGAGUUUGGAAUGAGACUGUUUCCAACUUAACACUGAUGGCUCUGGGCUCUUCUGCACCUGAGAUUCUCCUUUCUGUCAUUGAAGUGUGCGGCCAUGGCUUCACUGCAGGGGACCUUGGGCCGAGCACCAUUGUAGGAAGUGCUGCUUUUAACAUGUUUGUCAUCAUAGCCAUCUGUGUCUACGUUGUCCCUGAUGGGGAGGUUAGGAAGAUUAAGCACCUCCGUGUGUUUUUCGUCACGGCCGCUUGGAGCAUCUUUGCCUACACAUGGCUCUACCUGAUUUUGUCUGUCAUAUCUCCUGGGGUUGUCGAGGUCUGGGAAGGCUUGCUCACCUUGUUCUUUUUCCCCAUCUGCGUGGUGUUCGCAUGGGUUGCGGACAGAAGGCUUUUGUUCUACAAGUACGUCUACAAGAAGUACAGGGCUGGCAAGCAGAGGGGCAUGAUCAUCGAGCACGAAGGGGAAGGGCCACAGUCCAAAGCGGACAUUGAAAUGGAUGGGAAGGUGGUGAAUUCUCAUGUCGAAAGCUUCUUGGACGGCACCCUGGUCCUAGAGGUGGACGAGAAGGACCAUGACGACGAGGAAGCAAGGAGGGAAAUGGCCAGGAUCCUCAAAGAGCUGAAGCAGAAGCACCCAGACAAAGAAGUUGAGCAGCUGAUAGAGCUAGCUAACUAUCAGGUAUUGAGCCAGCAGCAAAAGAGCCGAGCCUUUUACCGUAUCCAGGCUACUCGGCUCAUGACGGGAGCUGGCAACAUACUGAAGAGGCAUGCAGCUGACCAGGCAAGGAAAGCGGUCAGCAUGCACGAGGUCAACUGUGAAGUGGCAGACAACGACCCUAUCAGUAAGGUCUUUUUUGAGCAGGGCACCUACCAGUGCCUAGAGAACUGUGGCACGGUAGCUCUAACUAUUGCUCGCCGAGGUGGCGAUUUGACCAAGACCAUCUCAGUUGACUUCCGAACAGAAGAUGGCACAGCCAACGCUGGCUCCGACUAUGAGUUCACUGAAGGGACUGUGGUGUUUAAGCCAGGCGAGAUGCAGAAGGAAAUACGGGUGGGCAUAAUUGACGACGAUAUAUUUGAGGAAGACGAGAACUUCCUCGUUCACCUCAGUAAUGUGAAAAUGUUAUCUGAGGAGGGAGAAGAUGGGGUUCUGGAGGUCAACCACAUUGCAACCGUGGCUUGCCUGGGGUCGCCUGCUACUGCCACUGUCACGAUCUUUGACGACGACCACGCUGGCAUUUUUACCUUUGAGGAGCCAGUCACUCACGUGAGUGAGAGCGUGGGAACGAUGGAAGUGAGAGUGCUACGGACAUCUGGAGCACGAGGAAAUGUUAUUGUGCCCUACAAAACCCUCGAAGGCACGGCCAAAGGGGGCGGUGAGGACUUCGAAGACACUUGCGGAGAGCUUGAGUUCCAGAACGACGAGAUUGUGUAAGUACUGCUAAACCUUUGUGGCUUGUCAACAGUUCAGGUAUACUUGCAAUCAUAUCUGGUAAAAUGUUAUUGUCAAAGUUCAUGCUGAAUCAAAUGCUGGGUGCUCUUGUGUGCAAAAUAUAGAGGAAGCCAUGGCACCUUAGGUGCUGUGUGUGCCUGUGUGUGACUGUGGCAAACCCAUGCAGAUUCCCCAUGUUAUGAAGCUGUGUGCCUGUCAGAGAGCGCUGUCAAAAGGAGUGAAUCCCAGAAGUGUGUCUGUGCAUUGUUUCGAAAGUCCACAUGACUGUUGUGUGGAAAUUACCAGCCUUUUCAGAGAUCCCAGGUGGGAGUAGCUCUAAACAGUACAAGGUGAAACCAAUGUAGACAUCGUAGUCUCUUUUCCCAUGCACACUUUUAAGGCUUGAGCUCAUCAGGUAUGUGGCUAGGAAGAUCUUGCUUUCAGAGCUUUUCUGGGAUGGUCCUGCUGUUCCCUUUGCAAAAAGCAGCCUGAGACUAAUAAGCACCGUCAGGUUGCAAGUUCAGAGAGGGCUGUCAUUAGCCUUUGUGACAUCAUGAAAUAUUUAUGCCCUGCGCUUUCAAGUUAAUGUUGCCACGUGGGGGAAAGUCCAAUUAGGCAAGGCAGCCAGGUUUGACAGUUUACAGACGGGGAAAGAGGCUAGGGAGGAAACAUUGCUGAUAAGCAUUUCCUGGCAACUAGGGACAGAAUUUCCAUCUUUCGUUUCUGCACAAAAUUGUAAAUAUAUUAUUGUCUAUUUAUUGUAUGGUGAAGGGAAGGGAAGUAAUGGAAGUCUGAAGGACCACCCUGCAAAUCAAAUAAUACUUCAUCCUAUAUACUUCAGUGUGAAGGAAAGAGGCCACUGCCCAUCUCAAGUUCUAGUCCCUCAUGAAAACAAACUAUUCCUAAGGCAAAACCACUUGUGAAUAAUCGUGCACCUUGCAUUAACUCUGGAGAUCAUGGACCAGUUCCCUAUUUAAAGGAAGUCUGCUGAGACCGGCACAUUGAAUGCUUAACAUUAAGUUUUGUGACUUAGUUUAUGCAUUCACAUAAUGAAUUUGCAUCUUGUUGCCGUGCAUAAUGUGGAGGUAGAAAUUGUUCUAGCAGUGGUGCUGAUAAAUAAGUGAAGGGCUUAAAAAAAAUUAUUUUGGGAGGGCGCCAACCUGUGGGAUGAAAGACUCGUUUCCUUCUUCAAUAUUUACAUGUGUUCAGAAGCGUCACCUAAGCAAAAUGCUUUGAGUCCUCCACCUACCUGCCCAUUGGGUAAGCUUGGUUUUCAUUACGAGGUUUUUCUUUCUUUCUUGAGACCAUCAAUGUUGAUGGCUAUAUUUCCCUGCUGGCAUCAUUGGGCAGUGAUUGACAACUUCGACAACAUUCUAGUGUUUUUGAAUUCAAGCUGGCUGUUGUUUUAGGUUUAAAAUGGUUAGAGAUACCUGAGAUGCAGGGACGUGACAUUUCUGUUGCCUGCCCCACCCUUGAAGUGUGACUUACCCCAUCUCUGGGCCCAUUUUGCUUCUGCACAUUCAUGAUCAUGUUUGCUGAGAAUCCAGUUUUCCGGCCGCAUGCACUUAAGACAUGGAGCAAUGGAUCCAAACUACAAGAAAGAAGAUUCCACCUAAACAUUAGGAAGAACUUCCUGACAGUAAGAGCUGUUCGACAGUGGAAUUUGCUGCCAAGGAGUGUGGUGGAGUCUCCUUCUUUGGAGGUCUUUAAGCAGAGGCUUGACAACCAUAUGUCAGGAGUGCUCUGAUGGUGUUUCCUGCUUGGCAGGGGGUUGGACUCGAUGGCCCUUGUGGUCUCUUCCAACUCCAUGAGUCUAUGAUUCUAUGAUUCUAAGACAUAUACGCCCCAUUUAAACAUCUAUGUGCAAUGCAUUAAUGCAGCAGGUUCAUUAUGUGGGGCAGCUGCAAUCCUGUGCUACAUGCUGAGGUAUAAAUGGAAAACUGCUUGAAUAUAUAUAUUAGAAGGCGUAAAGGUAGUAUUCUGGAUGCCCUGAAUCUUUUAUUUUCCUUCUGAAUCAAUGCAUGGUAUUCUGUGGAAUCAGGAUGAAUAAGAGCAGGUGCUGUGAGGAGUUUUACGGUGGUUUAAAACUUUGUGCUGAAGUUUUUAAACUGCCUGGAAGAAAGAAAAAGAGAAACAAUAGCAAAGGAGGAGAAGAAGUCAAGGUGUAAAAUAUCUGAACUGGAAUCAACUAACUGGUACACUAAUGGAAAGCAGGGCAAGGACUCCAAGCUAACGCAUGUGUCCAGGAGGAGAAGGGGGAUAGUUUUGUUGUGCUAGCAGAAAUACUUGAUGUUGCAUUUGUCCUUAUGAAGUUAUGGCAAAUUCAAAUUGAUAUCUGUUUUAUCUGGGAGGUUCUGUAGAUGUGUGAGUUAAGGUGUGUGCAAAAUGCAGCCAGUGUGUGAUGUACUGAAGUGUAUCAGGAAGGCAGAACAACGUUUUUGAGCAACUAGUCUUUGAUCUCUCAAGACUUAUCUGCUGUCUCAGUGAAUCUGUGCUUCACUUAGUUUUAAAGAAUUCAUGUGUUUUCACCAGGUGCAAACCAACAAAGACCACAAUAUACAUCCAGACCAGCCUCUCUAUUUUUGGGGAGAGAAAGGGGGGGUUACCAUAUCAGCAAAGCAGCAGCAGCAAUGUCAAAAUUUAUGAAGUUUGCUACUGGCUUUUAAAAAGAGUGUGGUGAGCCUAUGGCCCUCCAGAUGUUGGAUUUAAACUCCCAUCAACCCAGCUUGCAUGGCCAGUGGUCAUGUGGUUCAGAAACAUAUAGACAAUUUUAGAAUGGGCUCAAAAUGUGCUGGUUUUCCUGGUGCCAGCCAGGGUGAACUGUUGAAGGAAAAUGUGCUGAUGGUCAUGGAAGAUAUGAAAAGAAGCACAUAUCUGUCUAGUUUGGACCCAAAGUGUGAGAAUUCAGCAUAGAUGGCACUUGGUUUCCCAACAUUAGGGAACUGUUUGAAAACUUUUGCCUAAUUGACAAAUCAUUAUUUCCGGAAGACCAUGCAGAGAUUAUGUGCCUGAAGCCCGUUCACUGGUUCAACUCAUUUGCUAUGAUCUCAAGCUGGCAUGGCUAAUUUUAGAAACAUAUAGAAUAAUUUGAAAUAGUUUGUGCAGAUUGAGUUGCAACAUUUCACACACACAUGUACACACAUACCUGGAUAAGAGUAGUAGACCUCUCCUGGUACUCUUGCAAAAGAGGCUUUGUGCUGCCCCAGCAGUGAUACUCUAUAUUUUAUUGAUUGGUGUAAGAUUGCAGCCAUGAUAAGAAACCUUUUCUAAGAGACGAGUGUCAGAGCAACACAGGCAGCUAAGAUAGGCUAGUAAAUGAAAUGAAUGAAGGCUUUAAAAAAAAAAAAAAGCAGCACUCGAAAAAUGUGGCCUAAUUUUUAGAGGUGCUCAGAGCCAAGAACUCUCGGUGAAAAAUCAAUAGGCGUUAUGGGUGCUUCGUUCUUCUGAAAAUGAUCCUCUUUAGCCUCUGUUAUGCAUUUCCCCAAGGCCCAAUUAUAUAAAGCAAAGUUGCCUCGCCGUGUCCACGGAGGCUUCCCAUCCAUCAGAGGACGUUUUGUGGUGUUUUCUUCUCCACGGUCCAUCAGACAGCUUCGGAGUAAAGUGAAAGCUUUUGUUUUACUCCAAGGGUUAGGGAACCAUUGACAGCUUUCCAGAUGCUGCUGAAUUGCAGCUCCUUUCAGACCCAGCAAGAAUGGCCAUUGGCCAGGGAUUAUGGGACUUGUAAUUCAGCAACAUCUGGAGGGCCCAAAAGUUCCCUACACCUGCCUUGUACCACACAUUCCGCCCAAUGGACAUGCAUUCCAGUGAAUCGGCUGCUGUCUCAGCUGCCAGCCUUCCCACUCCGCUAAUGUUUUUGAAGGGGGCUGUUCCUUUUUAAAAAUUUUAUAAGUGCCACCUGAUUAUCAUGUGCUGAGACUUAUAUUAGCUCCUGAAAUAAAUAUGUUAAUAAUAAAUAGGGCUGCCUCUGAAGAUGGUUCGGAAACCUCAGCUAGUGCAGAACUGGGUGGACAGGUUUUCUCACUGGGACAAGACAGUUUAAGCAUAUUACACUGAUCCUGGCCCAACUGCACUGGCUGCCAGUCAGUUUCCAGGCCCAAUUCAAAGUGCUGGUUUUGACCUAUAAAACCUUAAGAGGCUCAGGACCGGAAUACCUCAAGGAUGGCCUUUCCACAUAUAAUUUGUCCCAGACUCUGCAUUCAUCAUCUGAGACCCUUCAAGUGCCUCCUCUAUGUGAGGUCUGGAGGGUGGCAAGAUGGAAACAGGGCCUUUUCUGCAGUGGCUCCCCAUUUGUGGAAUGCUUUCCCCAGGGAGGUUCACCUGGCACCUUCAUUGUAUAUUUGUAGGUGCCAGGCGAAAACAUUCUUCUCAAACCAGCCUUUUGGCUGAUUAAUAUUCUACAGCCUUUAAAAUGUGUUUGUUGGGGGGGGGUAUUGUUUUGUUUGUUUACUUGGUUUUUUUACCUUGUUUUUGUUCCGUCAACCACUCUGAGAUCUUGUGAUGAAGGGUAGUAUAUAAAUUUAAUAAAUAAUAAAAUAACAAUACAUGAAUGAAUAAAAAAAGAUGUUCAUGCUGGCUGAAAUGUGGCUUUUCUAAUCAAUUAACUAAAUAAAGCUUUAUUUGAUUAUGUAUUCAGCUGAUCAGACCAAUUAAACUUUGCAGCCCUAAUACAUAAUGUUUGGUAGUUUUUUUGUUUUUUUAAAGAAGACAAACAAACAUUACAAUACAUUUUUCAGGACUUCCGCUUUCUGUGUGCAAAAUCCACUUUCCAUACACCAGCAUUUUAAAAGAAAAACCUGUUUUUCGUCAUGAAUGGGGGGGGUGUGGAAAUGCGUCCGAAGCCUAAAAUAAGCUGGCAACUAGAGCAACUUAUUUGUGACUUCCCUGAACAGGAUCUCAGCUUUUCUUGCAAUGAAUUAAGAUAUAAAUAAAGAAAAUUGCUUUUGACAGCUGCAGCUGUAUUUUAUUCUGUCUGGGGCUGAUAACAGGAUCACUGCAGAAAGACUGGAAGAUUGUGGAACCAGAUAGGCUCCCACACUCACUUAAAAAAAAAUUAAAAAAAAAUUAGUGCACAGGCAGCAGAUCUCGUGUGGAGCCAGUGUGGCCUAGUGAUUAGUGUUGGCCUAGGACAACCUUUCUCAACCUGUGGCUCCCUAGAUGUUGUUGAACUACAACUCCCAUCACCCCUAGCUAGCAAGGCCAGAGCUCAGGGAUGAUGGGAGUUGUAGUCCAACAACAUCUGAGGACCCACAGGUGGAGAACCGCUGGCCUAGGACCUGGGAGGCCAGCGUUCAGGUUCCCUCUCAGCCAUGAAGCUCAUUUGGGUGACCUUGGGCCAGUCACCCUAACCUACCUCACAGGGUUGUUAUAGAAGGUUAACACAUGGAGGACGAGAACCAUGAGCUUGGGCUCAUUGGAGGAAAGCUGGGGUGUAAAUGUAAGCAAGACCUUCCAUCCUCCCUCUAUGGGCCCCCAAAGUCUUUCUUCAGAACCCCAGGGGUUUCCUUGCCUUUAGAAAACACCUGGAGAGCUCUCCAUUCAGGUGACUUUAGAGCCCUUCUCCUCAUCAGAGCCCUCUUCUGAAUUUAUAAACGCGUUUUUGAAAGGAUCUAAGCAGUGAGCAAGAGCAUAUGGGGGGAAAUACGUAAGAUAAAAUCAGUCAUAUAACAAAAUUUUAAAGCAUAAUAUUUUUUUUAAAAAAAACCUUCAUUGUAGAUCGCAUCAACUGCAAACUAUUAACAGUUCAGCUGGAGAAGUCCUGAACAAAAAAUAAAGGGUUUUUUUCCCCCACAGGCAUCUAAAGCACAGACUUAGUAGGUGCCUGUCUAAACGCCAUGGGGACAGAGUUUCGUAAAUGCAAGUGCGAUAAACAGAGAGGUGCAUAUGGAUGGGCAGGGGAGAAAAAGGUUGGCAAAAUGAGACAAUUGCCUCCUUUCUCCAAACUUCUCCCUGCCUAAACCGCUUUUUGCAAGCAAGCUGAUGUUGGAGUGUGUGUGUGGAUUCUGUUGGCAGUUGGGACAACCAGGUCGCAGCACUCGGCACACGGCCUGCAGCCUAAGGGUUGCCAUUUGCCAAGCUCAGUGUGAAGUACAUUGAAGAGACCAUGGAGGGGGUUUCUCAAAUUCAUUAUGGGACAAGACUCUUGCACUUUUAAAAGGUGCAUAGAAUCGAAGGAUGCUGGCAGGUGGCAACUUCCCAUGCUAUAGGCCUGGUUUGCAAAGUCAGCCAGAGGGAACCUUCUUUAAAAUGCACAGGGGCAAGAGGUUUUUCUCACUUGAGCUUUUAAAGGAUUUCCCAGGAAACACACAUGGAGGAGAACUUGCAAACUUCCAAAUUGGGUAACAGAGUUCUAGGGACAGUUUUGCAUAUCCCUUGGGGAAUUUGGGUGAAAUGGAACUGCACUUUAAAUAAAAUACUGGCACAGGAAAAUCCAUUGCAGGUAGUAGUAAUAGUAAUAAGUGAUAUCCAAAGCUAGUUAUACUCAUAGUAGACUCAUUGAAACAAAUGAACCAUUGAUCUCAGUAUAUCUUAGUUGGACUGAACAUUUAAAUGUUAGAAUCUUUUAAAAAGAAAGAAAGAAAGAAAAGAAGAAAUACAAAUAAAUAAUCAGGAUUUCUGUGAACUUUUUGUUUCUGCACAAAUGAAAACAGAAGCUACGUUAUCCUGUCAGUUUGCUUGGCCCAGUACUGUCUACCUUUGAGUGGUUAUAUCUUUCCAGGUACUCAGGCAGAGAUUCCUUCCCUACCAUUGUUGCCAGAGAUUGUUAACUAGAGGGCCCGAGAGCAAGUAAAAAACUUAAGAGAAAAGAGAAGAGGAAAAGGUGCUUCAUGCUAGUUGUAUCGCAUCCCUGUUAGGAUUUGACCUGUCUUUUGUCCUUGAAGAGGCCAUGUUUCCUUAUUUGUAAUGAGCUGUUGGCAGUUUCCCACUGCCAGCUGCAUCUCUGCGCUUGAUUAAGAGAGCUUGGAUCUUAGCUGUGUAAUAAUUCUGAGAGCCAAGUGAAAACCACUUAUUAGCUUCAUCGGAGCCUGUGUACACUUCCGCCAGGAUGCACGGGGGGUGGGGGUGGCGAGGAACAAAUUAAAAUUUAUAGAAGUUUGCAUCACACGGGAGCCAGAUUUGAAAGACCAAGCGGAGAUCUGAAACAAUAAGCGGAAGUGUUGAGUGCACACACAGAGAGCACCUAGCUGACCCACACACUCACACGCCGUGACCCAGUUUGCACGUAAUGCUGAGCCAAACCAUAGCUCAGCAUGAAUGAGCAAUCAUGUGGGUUCUGUGAGUGAAGAUUGUGGCUGCAGCACUCCUUAGUCCUGCUGCUGCCACAGCUGCACUCCUUGGGGCUGAGCCAUGGUUUGGCAUAGUGUUACAUCUGAAUGCAGACUUGUGGUUUGUCUCCACCAGACAAACCAUGAGUGGUUAGCCAUAGAACAGCUCGUCGCAGAGCAAGACAGAGAAAAAACAACCAGAAUUUUGGAUGUAAUGCUAAGCCAGAGUCUGGUUUAGCUCUGAGUACACUACAGUAUUCUGUUGUCAAGGUAGGCAUAGAUAUGAGUGUAAUAGCACUCACCCAUGUUGUUGUUUAGUUGUUUAGUCGUGCCCGACUCUUCGUGACCCCCAUGGACCAGAGCACGCCAGGCAUUCCUGUCUUCCACUGCCUCCCACAGUUUGGUCAAAUUCAUGUUGGUAGCUUUGAGAACACUGUCCAACCAUCUUGCCCCUUCUCUUUGUGCCCUCAAUCUUUCCCAACAUCAGGGUCUUUUCUAGGGAGUCUGCUCAUCUCAUGAUGUGGCCAAAGUACUGGAGCCUCAGCUUCAGGAUCUGUCCUUCCAGUGAGCACUCAGGGCUGAUUUCCUUCAGAAUGGAUAGGUUUUAUCUUCUUGCAGUCCAUGGGACUCUCAAGAGUCUCCUCCAGCACCAUAAUUCAAAUGCAUCAAUUCUUCGGCGAUCAGCCUUCUUUAUGGUCCAGCUCUCACUUCCAUUCAUCACUAGUACUCUCCCAUACCAAAUACCAAACUUAAAUACCACGUAAAAAUAUUUAACAGAGUAAUCACACACACAGAGGGAAGUAAGCCCCAGUGUGCCAAAUUUCUUCACCAUCCCUUCUUGCUUACUUCUUCUGUGCUUCUCUCUGCUGUAGCUCUGGAAGGAGACUGGAGCUAGAUAGCAGCCAAUGGAACCCUCUUAAUACUAGAGUCAGCUUUUGCUAUGCUUGGGGCGAGGAGGAAUGGCUUGGGAGUGAUUCAGGGGGCAGCUUAAGUUAAAUGUUACAGCAUUAAGAAAUGCUCUUGGCAACGAAGUCUGUAAGGCUGAAGCAACCUCCCCGGGGAUGCAGUGGAAACUCUGUCUUCAAAGCCAUUAAAAUAAAUUAGAACGUGCAAAGGCCUGAAGAAUUUGUAACAGAAAGGCUGUCAUGGUUUGUUGACCAGUGUGCAUGAGAAGGAUAGGAUGACCACAUGAUCUCAGAUCCAGAAAUUAUUUUCUUCAAGGAAACUUCAUGCCCAGGUGACAGAUAAAAACAAACAGCCUCAUUGGGUCUUCAGCCCUUAUUAAAUUGUCCAAUGAUUUCCCUUGAUUCCGUCAGUCUCCUUCACUUAAGCACAUUAUGCUAUUGACAUUUUGUGUUUUUUAAACCAGUGCAUGAGCUUAAUGAGCCUGUUUGAUAGUCUAUGAACUAUCUUUUGGUUUCCUCAAAGUUAACAUGGUUGGUUAGGCUUCUGCGUUUAAUCCAAGAUACCUCUGGUACAUGUGCGCUAAGCAUAAAGUGAACAUAGGUUUCCUGUUGUGGGCCUGCUCUGCAGCUUCUAUUGCGUAGACACCACAGCCCAAGUCCUACAAUCCCCAUUUCCUUCAGCUGCUUGCAAUCCUUAUUGCAAGUUCUGCAAUCCCCUCAUUCAUCAGUUUCUUAUUUCUUUUUUCCCUAGGAAGGAAUUUGAUGUCACGUUUUCUGAUCAUUCCACCAGUGCAAGCAUUUUUGCUUGCCAGACAGAACAGUCAACCUUCUCUUCCCCCUGCAUACUGUUCUGGGGGGUUCUCCUGACCUCUUCCACUCCCUGCUAAAUUCAGGGUGGGAGACAUGCAGGUGGAGGAAAGAGUGGAGUUCCCUGUUGGAAGGUGGAAGGCCUUCCGCAGGGCUUUUGCUGGCAGGAUCUAUUAACUGAAUCCAGUCCCUCGUCUACUACUUCCAUAUCAGAAUUCUACAUAAAAUCUACUCGGCAAGGCAGUCAUUUUCCCUUAUCCUUUACAAACAAUUAAGAUAUUAUCCAAUGUUUACUCCAGGAAGCCAUGGCGUGUGUGGUAUUGAAAAGAUUGUUCCCUUGACACCAGUGUUAGAACCUCAUAUAUAUAAGUUAGGGGGCUGAGUGGCUACUUAAACCAGGGUUACAGUCACCAAAAUGGAAUGUCUAGUUGCCAUUUUGGGGGCAGAGAGCUCAAAAGUCAUAUUUUUCAAUAUGACUUUUUGGUUACUGAAAUUCAUUCUGACUGUGCAGAUAAAAUAUAACUGAUAGAAUUCUACAGGAUGUGUUGCCAGUGUGUGAAAACAGGCAAGAUCCAGUGAUCCCCAGGAAUGCACCUCCAGGUGGUGGGGACAUCGUGCGCCGUCCUGGCACCUGGGCAUCUUGGUUACAAGUGGCUGAUAGCCAGGUGCAAAAUGGACCUUGGGCCUGGCAAAUUUCUAACGCUGCUCAACACCACAACAUCCUAUGAAACAUACAAUGCAAGUAGGAAAUGGCACUAUUCAGGGACCUCUUAAAAAUGGCACCACCAUUAGGAGAGGUGUGAGUUCUAGUUCCAUCAACACCAUAUAUUUAAAGCAUCUGGCUUCCUCUGAACAAUCCAGGGAGCUGUCAUUUACCCCUCAUGGAGCUCCCGUUCCCAUGAUUUUGGGGGGGAAGUCAUGUGCUUUCAAUGUUUAGUGUGGAUGUAGCCUUUGUCCCCGGUGGCUGGUGAGCACGUGAAGCUAAAUUUUGAUGAUGUGUCAAUAAAGAUUAAAUAAAAAUGGAAAAGGAAAAGUUGACUGGGUAUCCUACACCUCCACCCCAGGACCAUUUCCUCAUAGCUGUGGUUUUAGGGAUCCGGCAUGCUCUUAAGCUCAGCUGGAUCUUGCAGUACUCACAGGUCAAGUGCUUCUGCCUUUGCCAGUCCGUGAUGCAUCAUUGCAGGACUAACAAAGACUCUGCUGUGUGCAUGGCCAGCUUCCUGUGUGGGUGGGGAAAUACCUGCCAUAUUACCCACCUUCUUGAUUGUACACUCCAGCAGAUAUCAUUUGGCUGUGCCCCUUCCAUUGAUUCAGUUCCUUGCUUCAAACGUCUUAGCCUUGCAUAAUGGGUCCCCUAGCCUUUUCUGUUAAUUCAAAUGUCUGGUGCAAAGCAAAUGGGUGAGAUAGUUCUGCCCCUUCUCCGUUAACAAUAAUUAGAUGUGGUCCAAUUUUCCCUCCAGGAAGUCCUGAUACCUAUGGGGAAAAGAGGACUACAGAAAGACUUAGGGCAGCUAAUUAAAGUGUGGUGAGGGGAGGGGGGCAAAGCCCUGGAGCUGGAAACAUUACAAAGAGUUUUCAAUCUACAUAAGGCAAGCAGUAUUUAAUUAUAUACAAUUAAAACAUUAUAUUUCAAACCCCUGAGAAACGGCGGGCUUCAAGAGACCACUUACUGUGAUUGAAAAGGUGCUAAUGAACUCUAGAGACUCCAAAGGCAUCAAAACUACAUAGUGAACUUAUUAAACUUGAUCUGGAAGAUAAAUCUAAUUACCGGGAUAAAUUGAAGAGGGCAGGGGGAAGAGAGACUUCAGAUAAGGAGAUCUCCCUAGAGCUCUAGGUUCUUAUUAGAGCAGUUUGAAAUAUCUUGUAGAAAA